AUGGCUAUUCUACGAUUUUUACUUGGCUUAUCAUUUUUACCUACAAUUUUUACUAUCGAUAUAGAUUACUUCUUCAGUUCUCCUCUUCGGACUGAAAAAAUAGUUUGCGGACGUUUCCAAAAUAUUAUUUGCCAGAUAAAAUGCGAGGACUUAUCGUCACUAUGCAUUAAAAACGAAUGCUAUUGCCUAAGUGUUACACAACCUGAUGCCAAUUCUUCAAAACAUGAUAUAGUUCCACAUAAAGACUCAGCUGAAACCAUCUCACAUGCAUCUCGUCCAGCUUUACGCCAUCAUAUAGCACAUUUUUGCCCAAACCUUAAUAUUGCCAGAUCGUGUAUUAAAAAAUGCAUGGCAGUCGGUAAACCAGCUUUUUGUGGCAAAGAUCAUAUUCAGCAAGUGUUUAAUAUACGUGAAAUAAAACUUGAAUAU